AUGUCAGAUAUCCAACGCCUCUGUGAGGCCCUACAACGCUUGGGUGAUCUACGAAGACGUAACCGACCCAAUCAACGGCGAAUUUACAGUCUUAGACACACUUCUGAAGCUCGCGACGUUAACAUAUCUUCGCGUGCAAUCACCGCUUCUGGAAUUAGAAGAUUUUCUCUCACUACCUCCAAUGAGACUAAAUGGAUACGCGAAUGUCGAAUAGUGCGUGAGGUUGUGUAUGCUAGAACGCAAACGCUACUCCGACAAGAAUUAUCGGCAUUACAGCGAGACCAGGCUGAGACGCCGGAACCAGGGGCCGCUACAAACGAUGACCCUACACCAUUCACCGGCUACCCUCCCCAAAAUCGAGAAAGUCUCGAUUCUGAUACAAGCCAGGAUACUCAUGUCAACAGUUUAGAGUGGUAUUUUCGCAAAGCUUUCGUUGAUGCAUCUCUUCGUCCUACUCAGAAACCCUUGGAGGAAAUAGACCCGUGCUUUUGCAGUGGCCCCUACGCGGUCGAAACUGCCAAUGGGGAGUGUCAUGAAGCUGUCAAAAUGCCAAGGUGCUCGCAUAUUUUUGGACGCUCUUGUAUUGCAAUGUGGCUCCAGGUGAAAGAUACUUGUCCGAUGUGUAGGCAGAAGGUUGUGAUAAUACCUUUGAUAUGA